CAAAAUUCAAUUUCCUAGUUGCGGCCGAGAGUUGAGUUGAGUUGGAUCCAUCGGGUCGGGGAGGGGAGAGGCCCAGCCAGGGGGGGCAGAGGGGGAGAGCGAUGGCGGACGCGGCGGCGGCGGCGCAACUCCACCACCGCCUCUUCGGCCGGCUGAACGAGGCGAUGGUGCACCUCUCGCAGCCAGUCGAGGCCCUCAAGCAGGCCCGGGUCCUUCUCGCCGACUGCGAGGAGACGUCCGGGGACCAGAUGGCGAGCCACCGGGCGCACGAGCAGGGCGACGCCCGCCUCGUGCGCCUCGUCCUCGCGCAUCUCGACAACUCGGCCGCGCAGCUGGAGUUCACGGCGGAGCUCCUCGCGUCGGCGCUCAAGCACGCGCUCGACAGCGGCGCCGCCCGGGACGCCCUCCCGGUCCUCCCCCAUGGCCAGUCGCCGGGUCAGAUCGCCGGCGCGCUGCUCGCCCUCCCCCACGCCUCCGACCUCCACCUCGUGCCGGUCUCGGUCCACAUCGCAUACUCCUGCGCCCGGCUCGCCAUCGACCACCACAUCCGCGUCUGCGCCUCCUUCCUCCGCCGCUGCGGCAUGGAACCCCAUCCACUGCAGCCGCACAUCCACCAAGCGCGCGCCUACCUGGCCUGGGCUUACGCGCUCGUGACCGCCGCCUGGGGCCACACAUUCGACGCCGUGUAUGCCGACAUGACCUAGCUCGCUAGGGUGAUGGAUCCGUGACAAGCAGUCCAGUGGUGGGAAGGGAUCUUCCAAGUUCAUCAAAGAGGAUGUUUGGUUCAGUUUGCAGUUCAUCAAAGAGUACUACAGUAGGCUACUACUUCCUUAAUUAUGCACUGAUUUUGGUCAAGUUUGGACUGGUCAGAUUAAAAUACUGAUGUUAUCUUGAGUACUAGUACUGUAGCUUCAUCAAUCAGGGGUAUUUAUCUUAUCUCUGUGAAAACAUGCUGCUGGUUUUAAUUAUGGCUAUGGGAGAAUGCAUGAUGGACAUGCUGGUUGGUUAA